CUGCUGUUGUCGGCGCACCUCGACACGGUCGAACCCGGCCGAGGGAUCAACCCGUCGCUGGACGGCGACACCCUCCGUUCCGACGGCACCACUAUCCUCGGCGGGGACUGCAAGGCUGGGUUGGCCAUCGUACUGGAGGCGCUGGCCUGCGUCGCCGAGUCCAACGGCCCGCACCGGGCCGUGGAAGUGGCCUUCUCCCGCCACGAGGAAGGCGGUCUGGUUGGGGUCCGCCAUAUGGACUUCAGCCUGCUGGCCGCGAAGACGGGUAUCGUCCUCGACGGCGAGGGGGCACCCAACCGGAUCACAGUAUCGGCUCCAUCACAAAACGUGGUGACGGCCGAAAUUGUGGGACGAGCCGCCCACGCCGGUCUGGAACCGGAGAACGGGCUGUCGGCCCUGCUGGUAACCGCCGAUAUCCUAACCCGCCUCCCUUUGGGCCGCAUAGACGCGGAGACCACCGCCAACAUCGGCUGGAUGGAGGGGGGCCUCAAGCGCAACAUCGUUCCAGAACGCGCCGAAUUGGACGGAGAGUUCCGUAGCCGCAGCAACGACAAGCUGGCCUGGCUGGAGUUGCAGUUCCGCAAGGUCUUUCACGAGACCGCCGCCCGCUACCCGGAUGCCCGCAUCUCCCUGGAUAUCCGCAACACCUACCAGGCCUUUCGCAUCGAACCGCAGCACGAGAGCAUAUCCACCAUUGGCAAUGCCCUCCAACACCUCGGCCUCUCUCCCGUGUUGGAGGCAUCUGGCGGAGGCUCCGACGCCAACGUGUUCAUCGAACGCGGCAUAACUGCCCUGCCAGUGGGCAUUGGCGUCAGGUCGUUCCACACCACUUGGGAGACCGCCCUGAUCCCCGAAGUCCUGCAGGCUGCCGAGAUGUGCCACGCCGCCAUCAUGUCCGUAGACGGUAGCUGA